CGCACAAUGCCCAUUCAGAUCAAUCAUCGACUGGUCCUGUCUGACAGCGGAUGUGUCGGUUCUGAGUCGGUUCCUUCUAAGCUUUAACAGAUUAUGGAUGGACGCAGGUGGCCCGUGUUGGCGCAUCGUCCAACGCUCAGACGCCGGUUACAUCAUAAUCCGCCUGCUCUCUACACAGUACUCGUAGUUACUGUCUACUGUCUACUGUCUAGAUACUCCACUCACAUCACACAAACACCAUACACAAUACACACAAUUACACUCCCCUCUGCCUGCCCCGUGCCCCUAGUUGUCGCCAAAGCUACUGUGUACUCUGCAAUUAUUUUCAUUCUCCGUCUCCAGAAAAAAUAUAUCAAACUCCAAGUCUUCACGGGCAUCUACCUUACGGCCAUCCUGGGAAACCCCAAUAGUUACAUCCAAUGUUUAAACAUGCGUUUUCAUGUAGCUCCAAUCAACCGGCACCGGCUCAUUCGGUCUGGACUCUCCUUGCAUCCCCCUCACCUUCUCCUCUCUCUCCACAACUUCAUUCAACUUCCAAUUCUUGCCUAUGCAGCGUGGGAAACACCGGAUAACACAUGAUCACACACAUGCACACGCACACGCACACGCACACCCUCCUGGGCCUCCUCGCAAGUCCCCGAGUCCAGUAAUGAUAUUUGGCAUCUUAUCAAGAAUGAUUUGCGGCAGUGCACCAGGCCACCGCUAGGACUCAGUAAUUAAUGGCUUCUGACUACAGCGGCCCGCUGACAUCCUAUCCUGACCUGAACCAACCUGGCAUGUCUACGAGGUACGACU